AUGAACAAUAACCAAGAGCCUACAGAAUCUGAAGGCGUUGCUGCGGCCGGCGGUCCGAACCUAGAGAUCAGCCGGGGCGAACAUGGCGAACCAACAUGCAUGCCGGGCAAAGUGGAGGGGUACGAGGCAGACGAGCUCUCAUCGAGCGAUUCGCUCAAUUUGCUGUUGGAGCGCCAGCGCGAACGGCAGUUGAAUCAUCCACUGCACCAGAACCACAUCAAGGCUGCUCAUGUACAGCCUGGGGGGCGGAAGGUAAAAGAGACACACAAAAUAUCGCUUGAGUACGACCCAAUUUCGAAACGGAAGGUGCUUAAUACCUACGAGAUAAUCCGGGAGCUUGGGAGCGGCCAACACGGGAAAGUAAAACUAGCGCUUGACCUCGUGACGAAACAACAUGUCGCAAUCAAGAUCGUGGACAGACACGGCAAGAAGAAGAGUUCAUGGAAGCUCAAGAAGACGCCUGUACGUGAGGAGAGUGAAAAGAUAAGAAGGGAAAUAGCGAUAAUGAAGAAGUGUGACCACGAGCAUGUUGUGAAGUUGAUCGAGGUUCUCGACGACAUGAAGUCACGGAAAAUAUACUUGGUGCUAGAGUACUGUUCCAAAGGUGAAGUAAAGUGGUGUCCCGGCGACCAGUUGGAAGCUGCUGCGCGCGGGCCACCUUUGCUUACGUUUCAGCGAACGCGGGAGAUUCUACGUGGUGUUGUACUUGGUUUGGAAUAUUUGCAUUAUCAGGGGAUCAUUCAUCGUGAUAUUAAGCCAGCCAACUUGCUUCUUUCAGAGCAUGACAUCGUGAAAAUUUCUGACUUUGGUGUGUCCUUAGCUUCAUCGAACUCAGGUACACCCUCGUCACGCUCCUCUUCCUCCUCUUCAGUUAAAGGUGUCUUGGGGGCUGAAGGUCCCGAUGACUUGGAAUUGGCGAAAACCGCGGGUACUCCAGCUUUCUUUGCUCCGGAGAUAUGUUUAGGCAGUGAUGCAUAUGAAAAAUUAAACAUUGAUAGACAAAGCAACCCAUGUUCUGGGUCCUUAAUUUCAUAUAUGAUAGAUAUAUGGGCGUUAGGUGUUACGUUAUACUGUUUGUUAUUUGGAAAGUUGCCAUUCAUUGCGGAAUAUGAGAUGGAGUUAUUCGAAAAGAUAGUUAACGAUCCACUAGAGUUUCCAAGGCUAGAAUUCAUGCAAUCCAACGGCGUGUCGAUGAUCUCGUGCAAAGAAGAAUAUCUAUCGGCACAGGAUUUGUUAAACAAACUCUUAGAAAAGAAUCCAAUGCAGCGAAUAAAUAUUGUUGACAUUAAGGCACAUCCGUUUGUAUGUUGGGAUUUUGAUCAUGUAGAUGGGCUAAGUGGACAGAGAAUCAGUAUGAGGCAGGCGGAAAAGCAAAAGUUUCUAAGACACCAGGAUGAAGAAUACAAACAAAUCUCUGUCUCUCACGAUGAGGUGGACAAUGCUGUUAACGGCAUAGGUAAAGGACUAAAGAAGUCACAAAUUGAUACCCUUUUUGAUUCCGGAGUGGUUAAAAAUAAGCCUCUUCUGAACCCUACUUCGGUAAUAGACGCAUGCGCUCUCCUUAAAAAGCCCAAGACCAAAGAUCUCAAAGACAGACACAGCCCAACCGUAUUUGAUUCCAUCAGAAGAGAGACCUUUUCACCCACAGAUAUCGACAGCCUUAACUUUAUAUUAAGCGAAGGGUCUAUUGCAAAUAGUAAAGAUUUCCUACCGGGUCAACCCUCUACCCCAUCGCCAUUGCACCAGCCACCCAUUCAGGCGGAAUUAAGUGCCAGGGAAUUAUUUCAACGUGAAUUACAAAAAUUCGAUAAUGACAGAGAUCCCAAUUCAAUUGUUUCGUUGCCGGUCAACUCUUCCUUUGCUUCUUUGGACAGUUUUUACAUUGAUAACUACGCUGUGAAUGAUACAAACGUCGAAGCUGAAUUUACUCCCUCUUUCCCCACAAACGAUCAGCGGAUUUCAUCUUCAUAUCAGCAAUUCACUUCUUCUAAUUUACCCCACAAGGGCGCAAGUGCUCUUCUAAGUCCUUUCAGCAACAUGAACGUGUCGGGGACACCAAAAGCUCAGGAUAAGAUAUUAGCAUCGCCACCACCGUUGAGCAUAAAUACAUUGCAGCUUGAUUCCAAAAGGAAUGGUCGUAUUCCUCGAGUCAGCAGUAUUCUUUCUCCACAAUCUACAACUACCAGAUCCAGUUCUAGUGCAGAGCUCUCACCUGCGGCGUUUGCUAGUCGCUUCCGAAUGACUCCAACAGCUGCAAUAGCAUCGUCUGAAAGCGCAAUUAGGCUUGACAAUAGAUCACAAAAAUCCGAACUUGCUACCCCUCGGUUGUCCAUUGGUACAAAUGGAACAUCACAGACAAUUCUUGCCAAAAGAUAUGACAGUUCUCGAAGUUUAGCCUCGCAAGUGACAAAGUCUACUCCUUUGAAACAGGGAAAUCCUCCAUUAACCAAGAAGAUUAUUUUUCAAGAGUUACAUGGGAGCGAUGAAGAAAAGGAUUCAAUAACAACGGACUCGGCUGCAUAUAUGAGCACUGAAUCUGCUGGUGAGUAUAGCUACGAUGGCACAAAAUCAGAUACAGAAUCUCUUCCAUUUGAAUUUGGUAUUGAUUCGGAACACGGGAGCGAGAUAUCUUUGCGAAAUGUCCCUGCUGUCGGCGGUAUCGAUUCUUUUUGCCAACCCGAGACAUUAAGCGCCUCCUCUGCUAGUACUGCAAGCGAUGCAGAUGAUGAUGAACUGGUAUUCCCCCCCAGGCAUGUUGGACGUAGCCGCCGUUUUUCCUCUUCCGCAGACAAUUCCUCUAGCAGGGCCCUAGGUGUUUCUCAGCCAGCGAUCUCAGAAGAAGCAACCGAUAUAGCUCCUGCAUCUAUAUCUGGACAGCUAAAAGCUUCUGACAGCUUGUCAACUUUGACACAGAUAAACUCUGCCAGGACUGUGAAUACGCCAUCCGGCGAUGGUGUAAACUCUGUACGCCUGAACACUGAUCCAAGCUAUGUUUUGCCCGUUAGCCAAGAUGUUGAAGACAGUAUUGAUGUUCCCGCGGAGGUUUUGCAUAUGAUACCUGAAUUACAUAAACAAGACCGAGGAAAUAUGGAUCCUGUUACUCAAACAGGCGGAGUUCUAACUAAUAGCUGGUUGCUACCGCACACAGCUGCGCAGGCCACAACGCAAGAGGCACAUGUCGAUCAAGUACUGAUUACGAGUUCGCAAGACCAUUCUCAUCAUUUGUCAUCUAGGGAUCUUUUACAGAGUGUAUUAAGCUCGUCGGAUACUUCGCGACGCUCAUCAUUGCAUGGUGGAACGUCUGUACACUCACCGACUUCUACCUCCGCAGCCCAAGACGAAAGUAGGUUAAUCAACGCUGCCAAAAAACUAGCACGUAUACGGAAAACUGAUGAUUCUUCUGGGUUAACGAUGUCUUUUCGAAGGCAAAGUCUUGCACCUGAAUUUCGGCAUAAAGAAGCUCACAGCAAGUCUAGGUCGUGUUCUAUAUCGCUUGGACAGUUGGAUAAGCGGAACAAUGACACACUAGGAAGCCCAUAUAACUAA